GCCCAGUAGUAAGUGGUAAAGUCGUAAAUAAUAACGGUACCCAGUCCUUGCAGAUCAACGUCUUAUCGACGACCAAGGCGGUGAACAAGCAGCGUCAUAAAAACGUGGGAUCUGCCCGCAGUAUCUGUCCGCCCUGGGACUCACCGUCAAGAAGCGAGUUCUUGUCCCCCCGCCCAGGCCUACGCACGUUCCCAGGCAUUUAUCCUCGCCAUGAAUCUGUCCCUCGAGGGGGUUUUUGUGGAGAGUUUGGUUUAAGAGACCUCUUUCCCCUCGUUUUCUGACGUAUAUUUUUGACGGUGGUGGAUGUGGCCACCACUGGCAAUGAAAUAUGCAUGAAAGACUUGGCCGUCGAGCAAAGGAGAAGCUCCUUGACCGGGACUUUUUCCUCAGUCUUCUCAAUUCCGCAUCGACCAAACGAGAGGCCAAACAGUACCUCGCGCGCUUCAAGGCCGAUCCGAAGAAAGCCGGGGGAACCGCCGCUCAACCGCCGUCGACAGCGAUCACAACCGCACCGCCAGAAUCAUCGCAUCCCGCGUCCCGUGCGAAUCCUGGCGUGACAUAUAAUGGAGCCUUUUAUGGCGCCUCGAGAUCUGUCUAUGACAGCCCGGUGUUCAGGGUGGAUCCAGCGCCCACCCAACCCAACGGAGAGCCGUUCGAGAGACUACACUUGGCUCUUGUCAAAAUCGCAAAGCCUCAGAUGCUAGAAGACUAUACAAUCGAUGGCGUUGCAAAGACACUAUCCCAGCUGACUCGCCUGGGCAUGUCGUGUUGUGUGGUGAUUGACCCCGGAACGCAGACGGGUUCUUUCUUGGCUUCGCGUAAAUUGGUCACUGAGCAGGCUGAUCGAAUCUCUCGGGCAGUCGAUGGCCAGCCCCACUCGAGAGCAUGCCAUCUCGAUUCACUGCUCGCCCUCAAUCAUACUGCGGGCCAGACAUUGCCGAAGAUAUUCUCCCGCAAGCCACUGCUGAGCCCGCUUCGGAACGGACAGGUGACUCUCAUCAGCCCGAUCGCAUACAUGAAAGAUUUCUCGAGGGCUGAGAUUGUGCCUGCCAAUGAUGUUAUGCUGGCGCUCACCAAGGAAUUUGCUGGGCUUGGGGUACAUCCCGAUCCUGACGAGGAUCCCAUGUUAACUGCUCAGAAGAUUCAAAGCUUGCAAAGGGAAGUGUCUCUGGACCGGGUGAUUAUCUUGGACCCGUUGGGCGGCAUUCCAGCGCUCAGCGGCACACACCAGUCGCAUGUCUUUCUCAACAUGGAGCAGGAGUUUGAAGACGUCCGGGACGAGCUCCAGGGAGCCAAAAGACAAACCAAGGCAGAGAAGGGUGAGCUAGCCAAGGACAAGCCCAGCGUCUCUAUCCCAGACAGCAACCCUCUAUCCCAACCGGUUAGCGCGAAUGCUGUACCCACCCCUCUACAUCUUGGUGAUCAUCAAGCUGUGGAGGAGUAUAAUUCUACCCUCGAUGGCCACCUGGAAAACCUGCGCUUGUCCCAACGGGCCCUAUCCAUGUUGCCAUCCACAUCGUCGGGAAUCAUCACUUCCCCGAAAGAAGUGUCGAGCUCUGCACAAACACACUCGGCAAUGCCAGAGCUGUCGGCCGUGGGCACCCGCCGACAGAGAAACCCGCUCAUCCACAACCUGCUCACCGACAAACCCAUACUGUCUUCCUCUCUUCCCGUCAGCAGGCGAGGACUUUUUAGAUCGUCGCCAGAUAUGCUCAGCAAACUGACCUUCCCGACUACGUUUGUGAAACGCGGCAUGCCUAUUUCAAUGAUUCCCAACCCCCGAGUCCAGGCGUGGUCCGCUUGGACGCAACCUCGCGUCCGACUCGAUGACCCGUGCAUUGACCUUCCUCGUCUCGUCAACCUGAUCGAGGACUCUUUCGGUCGCAAACUCGACGUACACGAUUACCUCAACCGGAUCAACGAUCGCAUCGCUGGCCUCAUCAUUGCCGGGGAGUAUGAAGGCGGUGCGAUUCUGACAUGGGAAACCCCGCCGGGAGUCGUCGAUGACGGGAGCGACGAGAGCCUCUCACGUAUGGUGCCCUACCUCGACAAGUUCGCCGUCUUGAAGCGUAGUCAAGGCGCCGGAGGUGUAGCAGACGUCGUUUUCAACGCGAUGCUGCGGACGUGUUUCCCAUCGGGGGUGUGUUGGCGCAGCCGAAAGGAUAACCCGGUGAACAAAUGGUACUUUGAGCGAUCCCAGGGGACCUGGAAGCUGUCAGACAGCAACUGGACCAUGUUCUGGACCACACCCGGGCUGGUGGAAGACAGUCAAAAGUUCCGCGAUUACGAAGCUGUGUGUCGGAGCAUCCAGCCGAGCUGGGCGGACAACAGCAGCGUUGUCGACUGAGCAAGGGGUCGAAUGUCCUUUCCAAUGCAUAUAGACUUGAUGUAUAUAGUAUAUAGAGAUGCAGCAGCUCAACAAGAGUACCUCACAAUCCUUCAGAAUCUAU